CAUGCGCAGUGGCACUUCCCCGCGCGCUCGGCGUUUCUCUGUUGAUCAUCCUCCUGCAGUUCACAGUGACAACAAAACCGCAACUUCGAAAUUCUUGACUGCACUAACAAAAAAACUCUUGCAAGACAACUGUAGAGACGAGACCGAAAUCGACAUCAGGGAGCAUCCAGUGGAAACUUCGGAUAAUCUGGAGAGACCCGAGGAGCAGAAGGUGUUAAAAACGCUUGAAGAAGACUCGCCCUGACUGCGCUUCCGAGCAGCAGAUACUGAAGACGAGCGGAGGACGAACUGGUCAGGCUCUUAUGAGGGUUCAGAGGUGAUGGCCCACUCACGACUGGAUGCUUUGACCUUUUAUAGUGAGAAUGGAGACAGAAGUGCAGUCCAUGGAGUUUGGAAAACUGAAGAGAGAUGUGAUGAGCAGAUUUAUGGAGACAUUAAGGAGGAAAACACUGAAGUGGACAUUGUGAGAGUAUCAGAUGAUUAUGUGAAUCAGAAGUCCAUUAUUAUGAAGGAGGAGGAUAACAAGGUCAGUGCUAAAGAGGAGCUCAAUAAAAUGGAACUCUUUCCUACCAUUAGAAUGCAGAUGUCUCCUAUGCCAUGUAUGGAUGAAGUGCUAGAAACGGACAGAAAAAUUAAUGAAGGCCAUCUUGAUUGGACUUUUAAGAGUAAACUGUCAUCAUCUCAGCAAGAAUGUGGGUCUGGAGCUGAGUCCAUGAAUGACGGGACUCAAGGGAAAGGGAGUGAUGAGGAGCAGGCUGUAGAGGAUUGGAACACCUCUGAGGAAAACUCAAGGACCAUCAGUGAAACGCAACACCUCGAAAUCCAGCAGAGUCACAAAGGAAAAAAAACCCAUCAGUGUGCUGAUUGUGGAAAGAUGCUCACCGCCGCAUCAAACCUCAAAGCGCUCCAAUGCAUUCACACAGGAGAAAAAUUAUAUGAGUGUCCUGAGUGUGGGGGGACCUUCAGGUGGUCACUGCAGCUCAAAGAUCACGAGAGAAUCCACACCAGAGGAGAACCAUCUCAGGAGUCAGACUGCAAGUUUCCAGAAUGCUCUCCAUGGGACACAAAAGAAACGUCUCAUUUUGGCCCUACGCUGGAGACUGAGUCAACACAAAGAGUUGCAGAUUCUGACUUGUUCAAAGCUCAACCACUAGCUCCUCAUCAAAUUUCUAGUUUUGUUAAGCAAGAAGAUAUUCCAGAUUUGUCUGAUGGGGUUUCAGACAGUGGAAGGAAACAGGAAUGCAGCAGCAUUAAGAAGGAGGAGUUCAUCGGUGUUAAAUACGAGGCCUCAGAAUUGGAGCUUACUGUUAAAAAAGAAAUGCUUACUCCAGUAUCCUCACCAGAGACGUUUAUGGGCUCAGAUAUGUCAGAUCAUCAAGAAAUACACCAGAAAAUUCCAAACGAAGACAAAACACAUCUAUGCACUGGUUGUGGAAAGAGUUUCAUUUUGGAUGCAGGCCUUAGAUUCCUAAUGGGAAAUCAAACAGAACAAGUCCCUUAUGAAUGUAUUGAUUGUGAGAAGACUUUCAGUCGACGUAUACUCCUUAGAAGUCAUCAGGGAGCUCACACUCAGGACAGACCUUACCAAUGUAACGAGUGCGGAAAGAGUUUCAGAUUUGAUGCAGUCCUCAGAAAUCACCAGAGAAUUCAUAGCAGUGAGAAACCGUACCAAUGUAAUAAAUGUGGAAAGAGUUUCACACAGAGUACAAGCUUUAGUCGCCACACGAAACUUCACAAAGAGCAACCACCUUGCCAGUGUGAUCUGUGUGGGAAGACGUUCAGCCAGCGAAGAUAUCUUACAUAUCACCAGAGAACCCACUCAGGAGAGAAAGCUUUCCAGUGUAAUGAAUGUGGCAAAUGUUUCAAACACAGCGCCAGCCUUAGAAUUCACAUGGCUAUUCACACAGAGGGUCAGCUAUGCCAAAGUGAGCCUUGUGGGAACACUUUCAGCCAUCAAAGAUAUCUCACACCUCAUCCGAGAACCAACACAGGAGAGAAAACUUACCAGUGUAAUGAAUGUGGGAAGAGUUUCUUACUGGGCACAGGACUUAGAAAUCAUAAGAGAACUCACACUGUAGAGAAACCUUACCAAUGUAAUGAAUGUGGGAAGAGUUUCAAACAGAAGGCAAACUGUUUCAUUCAUAUGAGAAUUCACACCGGAGAAAAACCUUACCAGUGUACUGAAUGUGGAAAGAGUUUCAUGUGGCAUGCCCACUUUCGACUUCAUUUGAGAUACCACACAGGUGAAAAGGCGUACCAGUGCAGCGAUUGUGGUAAGAGUUUCACACACAGGUCAAACCUUAGCCAACACCGGAAGAUUCACAGUGGAGUAAAACCUUAUCAGUGUGAGGAAUGUGGGAAGGCUUUCACUUACAACACAAACCUUUCCCAACACCGCAAAGUUCACACAGGAGAGAAACCUCACCAAUGUAACACAUGUGGGAAGAGCUUUAGGACGAUUUCAAACCUCAAACAGCACUCCACAUUUCACACAGGCCAAAAACCUUACCAAUGUAAUGAAUGUGGAAAGAGUUUCUGGAGGAAAUCAUGUCUCAAAGAACAUGCAAUAUUACACACUGGCGAAAAGCCUUUUCACACUGGUGGAAAACGUUUACUGUGUAAUGAAUGUGGAAAGCAAUUCACAAACCUGGAAAAUCUUCGCCGUCAUUGUAAAGUUCACCAAACAGAAAGACCUUACCAGUGUAAUGAAUGUGAAAAGACAUUUAAACAACGCGGACACCUUUUGGUUCAUCAGAGGUCUCACACAGGCGAGAAGCCUUACCACUGCGCUGAAUGCGGAAAGAGUUUCACACAGCGUAUAAACCUUGUAAAUCAUCAGAGGAUUCACCCUGGUGAAAGACCUUUCCAUGGUGCGGAGUGAGUGAAGAGUUUCAAACAGGACUCUGUCUGCUGAGAGCACCAGAAAAUUAAUGCACAACAGAAACGUUAUGGAUGGAAGAAACUUUAUGGUCUUUCACCUGUAGUGCACAGCAUUGAUGUCAUCAGUUAAUUCACAUGGAGUGAGGUUCAGACCCCUCAAGACAGAGCACACACACACACAUACAAUAAAAAAGUACUGCAUAUGGAGAAAUUAAUCCUAACAGAGACCUUACAAAAGUGAUGAAUACAGAAGGACUUUUAAUCAGAUUACACCUCCAAGAAUUCACAAAACAGAUCACGUGGUACAGAAAAACCCAGAAAGAAUGAGUGAAGAUGUGUGGACUUCUAAACUAAGCUGCAUUAGCUCUUCGUAAAGUUGGACUCUCAACUCUUUACUAUUUAAUGUUUUUGGCUUCACUUUACAAACUGUGU